GUAGUGGAAUGCAGACUGAUCUCAAGUGCUGCAUGGUUUUUCCGACUGCUUGUGAUUUAUUCGUGCUCUUGUGGCAUCAGAGAAAAUUCGAAGAUGGAUACUCCUGAUUCAAAUAAGCAUUCCAGAAUACAAUACCCGAUCCAAACUUGUAGUACCAGACACAUGAGUGAAACAUACGACCCAAAGCUCAGAUAGCGUUGCGUCUGAUGUCUUGGUCUGCGUUUGCUACCAAGGUGUUCGUUGACCACAAAACCACGUCGCUUGCGUGUACAUCAUAUGCCAACGCACUUCAGCAAUACAUUUUCUUACCAGCGUGUCAUCUCAACACCACUAGUCGGCAUAAUGGAGCUGGAAAGCAUCGCGAUCAUCUGCCUGGUAACGCUUGUCGUGCUCAUUUUCCAGAUUGUUGUUACUCUACAUCUAUCUUUGCAUUUCUACAGUCGCAUCCGGGCAAACGAGAGGACAAAAGAUAGAUGUGGGCCUGGUGCGAUAUUCGAAGCUCAGCCCAGUCUGGAAGAGGGGAGAGCACUGUCCGCACGUUGUUUGGAUUCUCCGUCAGUUGCUGGCCGCCCCUAUGCGCCAAGUUCUGUGUAUAGCAGCUCGACAGCGGCCAGUGGACAGAGUCCUUUAGAUGGAGCAGCAAUGUCGUUUCCGUCGCCAGUUGCGAGCUACUUUUCGCAGGAAAGCGUGCCCAGAGCGGGCCCAGCUGGAAAUGCCACUGGUCCAGAAAGCAUGACUGCACAUGGGGAGGUGGACGGGCGGGAUGCGAUGUCGUCAAGCCAUGGAAAACCUAGAGGAGAGGCGUGAGGCGGUGACGUAUACGUAGUGGCUGAACAUGGUCCGUUUUUUCUUGCGCAACCAAUCUGGGGUGGUCCUUGUC